AUGUCCCGUCCACCCUCAAGAGCCGACAACAACCGCCCGUUGCUGGACCUUUCAUCCGAUCAUGCCACAGCCUCAGCAAGCGCGGUGAAGACGCUAAAGGAACAAGAGGAAAUGAAUGACCCAGCGCUUCAACGUGCAAUGGAAGAAUCCUUACGGCAGAAUCUCCCGGCGCAAGAAAAUGGGGUCACCGUUGCUGAUACACACUUUGGCCCAGCCGUUCGAGACUACUAUGAUCCGUCUAAUUGGGCCAUGACCACCUUUUCCUCAUCCCGCGAGAUUGUUGAUCAUCCAGCGCCUUCCAAACGGAGGCGGAUAGGUGACGAGCCUGCAUUUCUGCGUGGAUCAAAGGAGACCGACUACCUUGGGCCCUUGCUCACAAUUUAUCAUAGUAUCCCACUUGCACGAGAGGCUUUACUUAUGCCCAGUCUGAAGAUCCACAACUAUGGCUACGAUGGGAGCUGGUGGUCGGGGUCUAGCAACGAAAACACCAAGGCUAUAUCGGCGGACAGUGCCCUGCAGAUUGACAAAGAUGAUUGCAAUCUUCUUGCAGAAGUCCAAUGCUUGAUGGCCUUUCUGGACGGAACAAAUCGUGCGUACGGCAGUAUUGAUGCACUGGCUGAUCUGCAGGCGGUCCGGCGAACCAAUGAAGAGCUUAACUUUCUUCGUUGCUUAACAGCCUGGAGUAAUGCCGCACUGCGCCAGGCUCCGCAAGAGCAAUUGACGCAAAUCUUCACCAGCGUUGCAAUGAAAAACACUGGACCUGGUGACAGUCCUCCGGAGGAAAGAUCGCUGUUGCAUGUACAAGCACCCAUUAAUCGCAUUCCAGGUGAAUCUCUUGUCGAUUUGCUCGAUCACACUGUCUGGAAUGACGCUAUGGGUAUCCUCGAUGACGUUUGGAUUGAUCGCUGCGCUGAAGUCUUCACUGUACAAGUACGUGAUCCAAACAACGGUAAAAGCGCACUCGACUUGACCAUUGACCCUCUAUGGUAUCCGGAUCGGUACAUGUACGAAUGCAGAGAAGUUAUGCAACACAUUCGCAAACAACUGCAGCUGAUACGCCGAGAGAUCGAGCAAUGCACCAACAUUCAGCGUCGUUGUGAAGUCCUAAAGCUGCCCGACAAAAGAGUCCUCAAAACUCGUGAAGUUCUCGAUGCUGCAGCGAAGAUUUCAACCGUGGCAGUCAGUCCGAGAUCGAUAUCGAACAGUCGUUUUACCGGCCCGGCGGGUUCGACAGAGAGCUCUGUGACACAACCUGAUUUAAAGCAAAUCAAGUCGGAGCUGAACAGCAUCGUGCAAAGAAUUGGGCAGAAGUUGCAGAGUUUGGAGCAAAAAAAGACUGAACUCAACCGGAAAAGUCGACAGAUCGCCUUGAAUUUGACAAAGCCAACUCCACAGAAUCCCAACUUUCCAUAUCGUAAAUAUACCUUGCAAGGAGUGUCGACCAAACCGGAAAUCACCUAUCUCCGUCUGCCCAACAAGGAUCUGCUUCACCUUGAUGAUGAUCAGGACAAUUCAGGAGGCUCGGCGUACCAAUGGUGGAGAUGCUCAUGGCUGCAAGAUGACAGCCAGACCCUCUAUCCAUCGGUAACCAUUAUGGGACCUGUAACACAAGCCCAGGCUGAAGCCGCCAAAAGGGAGCAAAAUGCUUCGGUGGAGAACAAUGACGGCGACGGUGGCUCUAAACCUUACUCAGUCAGCAAGAUCAGUGAGAGUGAAGUCCUGGAAGCUGCGAGGAGAGAGCACAGCUCUGUACUCCUCGUCUAUGCCAAUGAAAAUGCGAUGCAUUUCAAAGGUAGUGAGUUGAGUCGCCCGCUCAGAAUCUUUGUGGACCGUGACAAUCAAGCCUUCACCGAAGAACUGCAACAGGAAGCAGGCUCGUUGUCGAACCUGGCAGGUGAGGGCGAGAUUGAAGCGGAAUUCGAGGACGUGCCUUUGAUUGAUCGGACGCGUUCCAGCAGCUCCGCGCGAGAGUUCACCCCAAUGUCCACGUCGACUCCUGGACGUGACGAGGACGGACAGCCGUCGCCAAAACGAGCCAGAGGUGGCUAUAGCCCCAAGUGUGCCGACCAGCCACCAUCCUACGAGGAAAGCGUUGGCAAGCAAGAAAUGCAGGAGAGGAGAGGUAAUAAGAUUGGCUUGUAUGCAGAACAGAUGCUCCAGAAGUACGGGGAGGAGGCCAAUCAAUCCACCAAAGAGUAG